UUGAAGCCCGCAGUGGGUCCAGGGCGAAGCCUGCAGUGGAGACAAAUGGGGAUUCAAAAGAUUUUGUAGACCGGGAAUUAUUAAAUUAGAAUAUUUCUUAUUAUCGUUUUAUCAUUAUUCAUGAUCAAAGUUACAUCUAUCAGUCAUACAUGUAUAUUGUGGAUUACCAGAGUAAAAACAAAUUUAAGCCUUUUAAUCACAUUCUUAUGCGUUUCCUACUUUAGUUCAUGUUUUAAGAAAGGUUCAUCAGCCAGUAGUGUAGUAUGAAAUAUGUUAUUUAAUUAAUUUAUUUUUUUUGUUUUUGUUUGUUUGCUUUUUUGAUUAUUCAUGUAACGUGUAUAGUUCAGUUUAUUUGAAUUAUUUCACUCAAUCCAUGGAAUGGUACAUGAGACAUAUUUACAUAUAUACAAGGCGUCAAACAGACAAAAAAUCAGGAGAACAGACAUUAUUAUCGAUGUAUGUACAUAACUUACCUAGAUAUACAGAAUUUAUUACUCUAAAUACAUUUCAGAAUAUAAUGAAAUUCGUCUCCAAUUUGGUUACAAUGGCAUAAUCUACAAAACGUCAAAGUUUUAAUUUCUUUCAGUAUUACUCAAUCUGCCUUCUUCGAUAGGAGGGGGAUGAUUUGUGGUUCGUAACACAGGCAUCGCUUGGGGUCAAAUUUACUAUAAUAAAUAGUACUCUUUAAUAGUAAAUUCGACCCAUGCAAGUUCGUAAUUUAAUGUUAUUUUGGUUUCUAUGAGUUAGUCUGUCCUCCUUGACAUAUUUUAUAUAUAGUUUUUCACUACAUGUAUAUUUGUACAUUCUCUUAUCUUAUUCUGUUUAUAUCUAAUGCACGGGACUCAUGUACCAUAUAUUAUAAAUGUGGUUUGAAAGAAUAAAUGAAUUUGAACUUGGUUUCUCUAACGAGAGUAUGAUCUCCUACUUAUUGUGACGUCAUAAGAUUAAACACAAUUAUGAGGUCAUCAUUGUUUCAACACAAUGGUAGAUUAUGACGUCACAAUGAAAACAGCGUUGUUAAUGUAGACCAAGAAUGUCGAUAUCGAAGGAUUCUUACGAAAGAGCUCGCUCAAAAGCCCAAGCUCGACUACUGGAAUGGACAGAGGAGACAAAAACUGCUGGAACUAAACGCCUGCUUGAUAGGAAUGGAGAAAUGUUCAAAAGAAUUGAAUACAAAGGAAAAGACGUCAGCGAAAAGUCGAAAAACCUCAAGGCACUGGAGGUAAACGACAAAUCUAAAGUCAAGCAGAAAUCCAGCAAAGAUACCGUUUCAGUUGUCGCCUCUAAAACACAAGAUGGAUACAAAAGUGGACAGUCAUCAGAUUUCGUGAAACAGCAUAGCCGAAGCUCACAAAACAAACACCUCAGGGAGAAGUUCACUAAAAUUUGUGGCAUCGAAACCGUGUGUAACUUGUGUAACGAUGAUACACCAGGGAACUGUAAAUUACCUCCCAUUUCUCAGUCGAUACCAGACAGAGAGAAUCGUAUCAAACAAAACCAUGAACAAAAUUCUAUCGGAAAUUUACAUAAGGCUGGUAAAUUGAAAUCAACACCAUACAGCACUACUGCCCAAGAAAAGUUAGUAGAUGACGUAUGCAGAGUAAAAACAGCCAAGCAAUCUGAAAUCGAUGAUGCUGUGGGGAAAAUCAUGCGGGAAAGUUACUAUCGAAGGAAGAGGAAGAAACAUCGGGCAACCAUGAGAAGAGACCAAGAUGAAACGUCGCAGUGUUUGGAGAUGAGCUCUUGUGAUGAUGUGGAGCGGGAGAGAUCUUUAAAAAUUCACGAAGAACAACAAACUCAUUUACUCUCCGAAUUCCCGCGACAGUUAAAUGAAAUACGAACCAGCGAUGCAGCGCACCCCACAAGCACGCGUACGGCUUCCAUUCCGAUUGUCUCAACAAAGCACACAGAUAAGGUUAAUUAUUUCCCCAACCUAUUGAAGAUAAACUACAGGGGAGCAAAUGAAGUUCCACGACUUGUCAAAGCCGGUAAUGUCAAACCGAUUCGCAAUACGCUUAAAAGAUGUGUCAGGAAACUCAUGUAUAUUCUGCAUCUGCUGAGAGUACUGAAACAGAGGGUGAAAGCGGAUCUCCUUACCGAAUGCCAGUAUCAAAUGGGAGUAGAUAAGAGAAAGGCAUUGGAACGGAUGGCGUUUGAUCCUGGAUAUUUCAGACCAGUCACGUCAUUAUACAGUGUGGGGCUGUCUAACAGUGCUCGGAAGGCCUUCUGGACACCGGUUGCCCAUAGAACCCCAGAGGAUGCCCAAUUACUUAUGGAAGUUAUAAAUCGAUUGCCAUGUUUUGUCAAAUACCCCCGUUCGGUGAGGGAAAAAUUGGCGCAUGUAGCCUGGUACGAUGAGUUCGAAAAUGACCGCGUCCUAUUACGACAAGGACAUGUCGGGUCCAGAAUGUAUUUUGUCAUUUCCGGUUGUGCAUCGGUGCAAAUAACCCAAACAGAUCCCAAAACAAAAUCCGAAAUAACCAGGCACCUGUAUGAUGUCUACCCAUGGUCCAGCUUUGGAGAACUUGCUUUGGUACGAAACAAGGUCAACUUCACCGUGAUUUGCAAAGGGAAGUCGGAGUUUAUAAGUCUUAGCAAGGACGAAUAUGAUUCUAUUCUGAGGAUUUAUUACGACGAUUCUUGGAACAAGCGAUACAAUUUCUUUCGAUCUUCUGUUUACUUUGAAAAGUUGUCAGACGCCCAAAUACAAGAAAUGACUGAUAUGUCAGAAAUCCGGGAAAUUUCCCACAAUAAAAUUGUCCACAGCGAUACUAAAGGUCAGACCGUGAACGUCUUCGUCCUCUAUUCCGGGAAAUGCGAUAUUCAGAAGAAAGUCUCAUUCGUGCCCUGUGUGUCCCCAUACGUGCCAACGGAACUUAUGUACCAGAAAUCGAAGUCUGCCCGCCGUCUCUGCCGCCGCGAAUACCACUACUUCACGGUACUAAGACUGAAAGCUGGGGACUACUUCGGUGUUGGGGAGGACCUAACAGACAUGUUUGUCAUAUCCAAAGGGAGAGCAGGAGUCAUCUUCCUUAAAGCGUUUACAUUUAAUUCGAAUUACACGGUCACCCACGGCCACAUCUUGCAAGAAGAAAGGGAAAACCUAAUACACACCAGUCCACAUCUGGUGAAGCGAUUCAAAGAACGAGGAAAGUGGUUGGAAUUCAAGAAAAAAGUCAUUGAAGAGGUUGUCUUGCGCAUGCGUAGAAAGAAUACAAACUGUGUCGAGUACAGUGACGUGCCGGGGAUCUCGCACAACCAAAACUCCACUCAGUCACAUCAAAGAUCCAUGUAACCUGUUUCUGUAGUUAAUGAACAGAUUUCCUUGCAAAUAUAUGUAAUAGAUAAAUAUUUGCCAGUGUUUGCAACCUUA